UGUUGCACUGAAAGAAAAUGGCUGCCUCGAGCUUUUUGCACAGAUACUGAAUCAAGUUUACUGUAAAUCUACUGUCUGUCGCCGAUGGUGCUGAGCAUCUCAGUCCGGCAUGGCACACACAUGGGGUUGAAGAAGAGACCCAAGGGGAUAAACUAGCUGGACUCAUGUUAGUCACCUCUUCUGUUAUUCAGACACAUUCUCUUUUGAAGCCACAAUGCAACAAGUUUUGGAAUAUGCAUUGGACAGGGCAGAGUACAUUGUGGAAAGUGCACAACAGCGUCCAAUCAAAAGGAGAAGCUCCUCAAGUGGAAGGAAGUCUUUGUAUCAGAAGCUGUACGACCUGUACAUGGAGGAGUGUGAAAAAGAGCCAGAAAUUAAGAAGCUGAGGAGAAAUGUCAAUCUACUGGAAAAGCUGGUGAUGCAAGAGUCUCUGUCCUGUCUUGUUGUCAAUCUGUAUCCUGGAAACGAUGGCUAUUCAUUGAUGCUCAGGGGAAAAAAUGGUUCUGAUUCAGAAACCAUCAGGUUACCUUAUGAAGAAGGGGAACUACUGGAGUAUCUUGAUGCAGAGGAGCUGCCCCCAAUUCUUGUUGACCUCUUGGAGAAGUCACAGGUUAAUAUAUUCCACUGUGGGUGCGUCAUUGCUGAGAUCAGGGAUUAUCGGCAGUCUGGCUACACAAAAAUGCCAAUCUAUCAAAGCCGACAUAUUUUGCUACGGCCAACAAUGCAGACACUGAUUUGCGAUGUCCACGCCAUGACAAGUGAUAACCACAAAUGGACACAGGAUGACAAGCUCCUAUUGGAAAGCCAUCUGAUUUUGGCCACUGCAGAGCCCCUGUGCUUGGAUCCCUCCAUCUCAGUGACAUGUACAGUGAACCGGCUGCUGUACAACAAGCAGAAGAUGAACACCCGCUCGAUGAAACGGUGUUUUAAGAGAUAUUCUAGGCCAGCUCUAAACAGACAGCAAGAAAUGGCCCAUUUCCCCACACCCCCACAGCUGAGACUGUUGGAUUAUUUGCAAAAAAGAAAGGAAAGGAAACCAGCGCCCCCUAUUGACCUGAAAAUCUCCAAAGCUGGAAACUGUGUUGACAUGUGGAAACAGAGCAACUUCCAGCUGAGUGCUCCAUCUGAUGUUGACGUGGAGAAAUACGCAGUUGUGGAGAAAUCAAUCAAGCUUGAGGACUCUCAGCCUACUGUCUGGCCAGCACAUGAACUUAAGGAUGAUUACAUUUUUGAAUGUGAAGUGAGCAAUCAGGUUGAGAAGACAAAACUCACUAUCUAUCAGUCUGUGGGUGACCCUCUCAUAUAUGGAAAGAUUCAAACAGCCAAGGAUUCCAGGAGUGAGGACGAAGGGAGUGGUCUGCAUCUUAGUCAUCCUCCGUUCCUAAUUGGCUCAAGAACAGAUGCUGAAAGGUUUGUUAACCAGUACAAAGAUGUUUAUGAGAAAGAUGUCAAGUGUCCUGUGAAGAUGUCUCAUAAUUCGGUGGGCAUUGGAAACCAAAGUCAGCUUUCUCCUGGGAAGGAAAUGGAGCAGGCUGAUGGAAUUUCUCCAUUGGUUCAGUCCUCUGUGUUGGGAAAAGGCGUGAAACACAGACCCCCUCCCAUCAAACUGCCAUCAUGUUCAGGCAGCAGCUCCUCAGGUAACACCAUAGGUAACCCUUACAUCUCUCAGCCAUCAAGCGGGCACAUCAAAUCCCCGACUCCCCCUCCCUCUAAGACCCAGUCUCUGUCCCGGAAACACUCCCUGGAGCUGAACCAAGCCAGUCUGCUGUCCCCCGCAGCCCUCUCUCCAGUCGGCUCAUCACAGAGAUCAGGGACUCCCAAACCAUCCACACCAACCCCCACCAACACCCCGUGCUCUACUCCACACCCUCCAGACAUCCAGACCUCGACCCCUACUGUCACCCCCUCCGCAACCCCCACGCCCCAGGACUCGGCUAUGACACCCCAGCCAGCCCUGCUCGCCCCCUUUGCCCAGCAGCAGAUGGCUCUGAGCCAGGCCUUGCCAGUCAUGACCAUUCCUCUGUCCACCAUGGUCACGUCCAUAACUACGGGCGGCACAUCCACCUCUCAAGUGAUGACCAACCCUGCCGGCCUCAACUUCAUUAAUGUCGUCGGCUCGGUGUGUGGUCCUCAGACGUUGAUGAGUGGCUCCAACUCCAUGCUGGGCUGCAGCCCUGGCGCCAUUACUUCUGCUGGCAUCAACCUGAGCGGCAUCCUGCCUCCAGGAGGGCUGGUACCAGGAGCUCUGCCAGCUGCCAUGCAGUCGGCAGCCCAAGCAGGUCUCCGGCCCCUGAAUCUUCUCCAGAUCCCUGCAGGGCCACUGAUCUUUAAUUCCCUGCAGCAGCAGCAGAUCUCCCAGUUCUCCCCUCAGCAGCAGUCCAGCCAGUCAGCCACAUCCAGCCCCCAGCAGCCCGGGGAACAGGCUACUGAUCAAGGACCAUCUAGUCAGGACCAAGGUCUAACUGGCCAGCAAACUGCAGUCAUAAACCUUGCAGGAGUCAGUGGCUUCAUGUCUCCACAGGCAGCAGUUCUGUCUCAGCUGGGCUCUGCCAUGAACAGACCAGGGCAAAGCCUCCCCCAGCAGAGGCUCCAGCUCUCCUCUGCCUUGAAACAGCAGCAGCACGCGUUACAGCAGCAGCAGCACCACCAGCAACAGAUACAAUUGCGAUUCUUGCAGCACCAAAUGCGCCAACAAAUGGCUAUGGCGGCAGCAACACAGGCAGCACACCUUCAACAACAUUCAGACAGCCAACCAAAAAGUAAAAGGAAACGCAGCGGGCAAACUCGGCCAAAAUCAUGACGGGCCCUGCCAGGAAAAUAACGCUUUCCUUGCUGCACGCGUCUUGGGGUUUUUUUUUUAAUCAUGCAAGGGUUUUGAAAGACACUGCUGUACAGCACGAUCUCAGGAAGUUGCGCAUCUGUAUUAGCAAAUCAUCAUGAUGUCAGAAGAUUACAACGGAUUUUUUAGUAGCCUUCAAUUUGCUGUGAAAGAACAUUACCCUCGAGGCUUAAUGAUCUGCACCGUGUACUUCCUUCAUUGAUGAUUUUAAUAAGGUCAUUCAAGAAAAAGGCCUGAAGGGAUAAUACUUUCAAUUUAUUUGCCAAGAACCCCUGAAGGGAUAUUUAUAUUAAUGAAAUUGUGACAUUUUUACAAAGAAGACAGUUGUCGUUUUGUCUCGGACUGUAAGGCAUCUAUUUUUCCUCUUGAAACAUAAAAAUGGGACUUUGUUCAAGGGACUUUUUUUAGUUCACUCAUAGGGCUUGGAAGUGGCUGCCUCUUCGUCGGAAGAACAUCAUUAUGUG